AGUAGCAAAAUUAAAAAAAAGAAAAAAAGAAAAAAAAAAGCUCUCUUGGACACCAUAGUCAUCCCUUUCCCUCUGAUCAUAACGCAGUCAUUGCCUCUGCUCUCUGGUCUUUCUCUGACUGACAGUGGUUUGGAAGUGUGCACAUUUCGAGUUGUUGCGGUGGUGGAGUUUGGGGACGUUAAAUGGGUCCUAUUAAGCUUGCCGCCGAUGCCGAAAGCUCUUCGGCAGCUUCAUUUGAUACACGUGACAGGAAAAUGCGGAACUCACUGCUGGAAAGAAAGAAGUCAUUUGCAUCAGUUAGCAUGGGAGAAGAAAAGCCAUUUGACUUUUUUCGUACUUUCUUUGAGGGUGUUAUAGCUGGUGGUGCAGCCGGUGUUGUUGUUGAGGCUGCUUUAUACCCUAUUGAUACAAUAAAGACACGGCUGCAGGCUGUGCAUGGUGGUGGGAAAAUAGAUUUGAAUGGCCUUUAUUCUGGGUUGACUGGAAAUCUUACCGGUGUCCUACCGGCUUCUGCUUUGUUUGUUGGGGUCUACGAACCUACAAAACAGAAAUUGUUAAAGACUUUUCCUGAAAAUCUUAGUGCCGCAGCUCAUUUUACUGCAGGUGUUGUAGGGGGCUUUGCCACUUCUUUCAUUCGUGUUCCAACAGAGAUUGUUAAGCAAAGGAUGCAGAUUGGGCAAUUUACUUCAGCUCCUGAUGCCGUUCGCCUUAUUAUUUCUAAGGAGGGAUUCAAAGGACUAUAUGCGGGAUAUGGAUCUUUCCUAUUACGAGAUUUGCCAUUUGAUGCCAUUCAAUUUUGCAUCUAUGAACAGCUUCGAAUUGGUUACAAGGCAGCGGCAAAGAGAGAUCUAAAUGAUCCUGAGAAUGCCAUUAUUGGUGCUUUUGCCGGUGCACUAACUGGGGCUAUAACUACUCCACUUGAUGUGAUUAAGACAAGGUUGAUGAUUCAGGUAAUUUUAAUGUCAGAUAUAAAGCUAUUAUAUGGUAUUCUUUCAAAGGGAUCUGCAAACCAGUACAAAGGAAUAUUUGAUUGUGUUCAAACUAUCGUUAGAAAAGAAGGACCAACUGCUCUACUGAAGGGCAUUGAGCCAAGAGUUUUGUGGAUAGGCAUAGGCGGCUCAAUCUUUUUUGGUGUCCUUGAGAGUACGAAGCGGCUUCUCGCCCAAAGGCUUCCUGCACCUCACCAAGAUUCAAAUACCAAGCAUGGUUAAAUCUAUGAUGGGCUCGAUGGUCUGCGACCUUAAAUUUUUCUUCAGUUUUCUUCAAUUUUGUUUAUUUUGCAUUCUUUAGCCAGGUGAUGGUUCCUGCCAUCAUGAGACCCCCAAUCCAUGUAAUAUAUUAGAUUCUGGGAAUGAAAAUUAUAGUAGGGUGCGGCAGUUUAUUGGGAAUCCAACAGUUCAUGAUGUUACAAUCGGGAAGCCUAAACAGUGGAGAAGAUAGAAAACCAGCUUGCAGCAGUUGGGGACCCAAAACAGUGCAGAAGAUUAACAAAAACUCCUGUGAAUGAAUAUGAGCUGAUCGAAAGGCUAUUUCCAUUAUUAUAUAUAUAUAUUGUAAAAGAUACAGUUGUUAGGGUAUGCAAUCUAAUAAAGAUGCUGAGAAAAACUUACUUUUAUUCUAACCAAUCGGCAUAUUAAGGUAA